CCUCGUCGCCGCGGCGGCAGCGGCGGGGCUGGCGGCGGAAGGAUACAUGAUUUGCUGAAAAGAGAGAAAAUGCUAUGCUGGGGCUACUCGUCUUAUGGACAGCCUGGCAUAGGUAGCAACCUCCAGGUCAUCAUUCCUGAACCACAGGUGUAUGGCUUCAUCCACGACAGAAAUGUCAAGGAGGUGGCAUGUGGAGGAAACCACUCUGUGUUCCUGUUGGAAGAUGGGGAGGUGUAUACCUGUGGCCUGAACACCAAAGGUCAGCUGGGGCAUGACUGUGAAGGAAGCAAGCCAGAGCCGAUCGGGGCGCUGGCCGGGCAGCACAUCGUGCACGUGGCCUGUGGGGAGUCGCACAGCGUGGCCCUCAGUGACCAGGGCCAGCUCUUCUCCUGGGGCGCGGGCAGCGACGGGCAGCUGGGGCUCACCACCAUAGAGGAUGCAGUGACAGUGCCAAGGUUGAUAAAGAAAUUGAACCAACAGACGAUACUGCAGGUUUCCUGUGGAAAUUGGCAUUGCCUGGCUCUGGCAGCAGAUGGCCAGUUCUUCACAUGGGGGCAGAACAGCUACGGUCAGCUGGGCUUGGGCAAAGAAUGUCCCUCCCAAGCCAGUCCACAGCGUGUCAAGUCUCUAGAUGGGAUCCCUUUGGCUCAGGUUGCUGCAGGUGGAGCCCACAGUUUUGCCCUUUCUCUCUCAGGAGCUGUGUUUGGCUGGGGGAAGAACAGCUCAGGACAGCUGGGACUAAGUGAUGAACGAGACCGAGAGUCCCCGUGCCACGUGAAGCUGCUGCGCUCUCAGAAGGUUGUUUACAUCAGCUGUGGAGAGGAGCACACUGCAGUCCUGACAAAGAGUGGAGGGGUGUUCACCUUCGGUGCAGGUUCCUGCGGGCAGCUGGGCCACGACUCCAUGAAUGAUGAGGUGAACCCCCGAAGAGUUCUCGAGCUCAUGGGCAGUGAAGUGUCCCAGAUUGCUUGUGGCAGACAUCACACUUUAGCCUUUGUGCCUUCUUCAGGAAUGAUCUAUGCAUUUGGCUGUGGAACAAGAGGCCAGCUGGGAACAGGGCACACUUGCAAUGUGAAGUGUCCCUCUCCUGUCAAGGGUCACUGGGCGGCUCACAAUGGGCAACUCUCAGGGAAACCUGAUGCCUGUAAAUACCACAUUGUUAAACAUAUCUUCUCUGGAGGAGACCAAACUUUUGUGCUUUGCUCCAAAUAUGAGAAUUCCUUGCCUGCUGAUGAUUUCCGGACCAUAAAUGAAACACGUUACACCUGUUUAAUAAAUGAUGAAACUAUAGAUGUCUGGAGGCAAAAGCUUUUAGAAAAGAACAGUUCUAAUUCUGUCAAUAAUGUUGUUCAGAUACUGUCCUCAGCUGCCUGCUGGAAUGGAAGCUUCUUGGAGAAGAAAAUCGAUGAACAUUUUAAAACCAGUCCAAAGAUCCCAGGGAUUGAUCUGAACUCCACGAGAGUGCUGUUUGAGAAGCUGAUGAACUCCCAGCACUCCAUUCUCCUAGAGCAGAUACUGAAGAGCUUUGAAAGCUUUUUGAUUCCUCAACUGUCCAGCUCUCCACCCGAUGUUGAGGCAAUGAGGAUCUAUCUGAUUCUCCCAGAAUUCCCACCAUUCCAAGACUCCAAGUAUUACAUCUCUCUGACCCUUCCUCUAGCAAUGGCUAUUUUGCGCCUGGACACCAACCCCAGCAAAGUGCUUGAUAACUGGUGGUCUCAGGUGUGCCCAAGAUAUUUCCUCAGGCUUGUGGACCUCUACAAAGGUGCAGUGGUUUACCUCCUCAGUGGAAGGAAGACGCUGCUGAUCCCAGUCCUGUUCAGCAGCUACAUUACAGCUGCUCUCAGGCUUCUGGAGAAACUCCACAAGGUGAAUCAGAAGGUUAAACACGUGGAAUAUGAUAAGUUUUAUAUCCCUGAGAUUUCCAGCUUGGUGGACAUUCAGGAGGAUUAUCUCAUGUGGUUUUUGCACCAGGCUGGAAUGAAAGUAAGGCCGUCCAUCAUGCAGGAUGCUGUGACUCUCUGCUCUUACCCUUUCAUCUUUGAUGCUCAAGCUAAGACCAAGAUGUUACAGACAGAUGCAGAAUUACAGAUGCAGGUUGCAAUAAAUGGUGCAAAUUUGCAGAAUGUCUUCAUGCUUCUCACCCUGGAGCCUCUGCUGGCCAGAAGCCCUUUCCUGGUACUUCACGUUCGCAGGAGUAACUUAGUUGGUGAUGCUUUAAGGGAGUUGAGCAUCCAUUCAGACAUUGACUUGAAAAAACCUCUCAAAGUCAUCUUUGAUGGUGAGGAAGCUGUUGAUGCUGGAGGAGUGACAAAGGAAUUUUUCCUCCUGUUGUUGAAAGAACUGCUCAACCCCAUCUAUGGCAUGUUCACUUACUACCCAGAGUCAAACCUGCUGUGGUUUUCAGACACGUGUUUUGUAGAACACAACUGGUUUCACUUGAUUGGCAUCAUAUGUGGUCUUGCAAUCUACAAUUUCACAGUGGUAGACCUUCACUUUCCCUUGGCUCUGUACAAAAAACUCUUGAAUGUGAAGCCCUGCCUAGAGGAUUUGAAGGAGCUGUCCCCUACAGAAGGAAGGAGUCUCCAGCAACUUUUAGAUUACCCUGGGGAAGAUGUGGAGGAGACGUUCUGUUUGAAUUUUACAAUCUGCAGGGAAAGCUAUGGUGUGACAGAGCAGAAGAACCUGAUUGAAGAUGGAGAUAAAAUCCUGGUGCAGAAGGACAACAGGGAAGAAUUUGUCGAAGCCUACGUAAAUUACAUCUUCAACGUUUCCAUCCACGAGUGGUACACAGCCUUUUCUACUGGCUUCCUGAAAGUGUGUGGAGGGAAGGUCCUGGAACUCUUCCAGCCCACAGAGCUCAGGGCCAUGAUAGUUGGAAACAGUAACUACAACUGGGAGGAACUGGAGGAGAGUGCUGUCUAUAAGGGAGACUACACUGCCACCCACCCGACUGUGAGAAUGUUCUGGGAGACCUUCCAUGAAUUUUCUUUGGAAAAGAAGAAGAAAUUUCUCUUGUUCCUGACGGGCAGCGACCGCAUCCCCAUCUAUGGCAUGUCCAGCCUGCGCAUCAUCAUCCAGUCGACGCCCAGCGGGGAGCAGUACCUGCCCGUGGCCCACACCUGCUACAACCUGCUGGACCUGCCCAAGUACAGCAGCAAGGAGAUCCUCAGCGCCCGCCUCGUGCAGGCCAUCGACCACUACGAGGGCUUCAGCUUGGCCUGACCCCCCUGCGGGGCUGGCACAGACUCCUGGGUGCUGAGCAGCAGAACGAUGGGCUUGGGAUUUAUUUUUGUAAGGGAAUAGAUCUGAACUACUUCUUUUUUUUUUUUUUUUUUUUUUU